AUGGCCUCGCAAAACCGCCCUUCCCGAUCCCUCGAAAACCCGCCGGAAACCGGUAAUCCGAUGUCAAUUGCCAGUUUUCCGGGCAGAGUAAUGGAAACGCUGAAAACCAAUCUGGUAUUCCGGUCAAAAUUGGCAGAAUUGAACGGCGCAAUGGGCGAUUUGGGGACAUAUAUUCCCAUAGUCUUAUCCUUGACACUCUCCAAGAAUCUCAAUUUAGGCACCACAUUGAUUUUCACCGGAAUCUACAACAUCAUCACCGGCCUAAUAUACGGCGUUCCGAUGCCGGUCCAGCCGAUGAAAUCUAUUGCCGCCGCUGCCCUGGCCGAUCCCGAAUUCGGCGUGGCAGAGAUCAUGGCGGCCGGAAUCUUGACCGGCGGGAUUCUGUUUUUUCUGGGUGCGACAGGGCUGAUGCAAUUGGUUUAUAAAUUCAUUCCGUUGCCGGUUGUGAGAGGAAUUCAAUUGGCUCAAGGCUUGUCUUUUGCUCUCACGGCUGUUAAAUAUGUCCGUUAUGAUCAAAAUAUGGCGAAAUCCAAAUCUCUUGACGGUCGUGGGUGGCUUGGAUUUGACGGAUUGAUUCCGGCCAUUGUUUGUGCUUGUUUUGUAAUCAUCGUCAACGGCGCCGGAGAAGAAGAGCACCGUGAAGAACCACCGGCGGAGGGAAGUAAACGAGAGAAGGUGAGGAGGAUCGUAACAAAACUUCCAUCGGCGUUUAUAAUUUUCUUGAUCGGCGCCGCUUCUCUGUUCAUUCGAACGCCGGAAGUGGUGAACGGCGUUAGAUUUGGGCCGUCGCCGAUGAGUGUCAUGAAGAUUACAAAGAGCCAAUGGAAAAAGGGGUUUAUAAAGGGUACAAUUCCUCAGCUUCCUCUGUCCAUUUUAAACUCUGUGAUCGCCGUUUGUAAGCUCUCCAUGGACCUUUUUCCCGGGAGGGUUUUCACCGUCACGUCGCUGUCGAUGACGGUGGGGCUUAUGAACAUGAUUGGUUGUUGGUUCGGCGGCGUUCCGACCUGCCACGGUGCUGGUGGGCUUGCUGGUCAGUACAAGUUCGGCGGCAGGAGCGGCGCGUGCGUUGCCUUGCUCGGCGCCGCAAAGUUGCUGCUUGGCUUGGUUCUCGGAAGCUCUAUUGCAAAGGUUCAGCUUUUUUGA